AUGACAAAUUGUACCAAGUGUUUACAAGACGAUGAAACUGUGGAAGCCACUCAUCAUUGCCCAUUAUGUAAGGCCGAUCUAUGCGAACAACAUUUGAGUUUGCACAAUAAUGCCAAUAAGACCAAGGACCACACUCCUCAAGUACAAUCCCUAGGACCAACUGAAAUUCCUUUCUCACUCAAGUUUGAGUAUAGUGCUCUCGUGGGUGAUGCUGAAGAUUUGGCUUUUGAGUUUAUGGAUCCUCAAGGCUUGUUUGUCGAUACCAAGAACAACACCUUGUUGGUUGCUGAUAGAGCUCAGAAGAAGGUUUUCAUUUUCGAUAUAAAAACUAGAAAACUCAAGAGCUCUUUCGAAGCUCCCUAUCAACCAUAUCAAAUCUGUGUGGAUUACAACGAAGAUACUAUUAUCAUUGCCGCAAAGGAUGCGCAUAAGGUCUGUAAAGUUUCCAUGGAUGGACAAGAGCUCAUGUGGGCCUUUGGUGCUGGUCAAGGAUAUGAUGAAACUACCAUGGUGUACAAUCCACAAGGCGUCAGAGUUGAUCCAGUGGAUGGAACUGUCUACGUUUGCAGCACAGACCAACAUCGAAUUGUGUUGCUUUCAAAGGAUGGUAAAUAUUUGAGAUCCAUCGGAGCUACCAACAGACUAGGUCCUGUGAAGUUUGAAAAUCCUGUUGGCUUGGAUUUGGAUAAGGACGGAAAUUUGCUUGUUACUGAGACCUUUGGAAAGGCUGUACGUCUCAUCUCAAAGAAGGGCUCUGUCGUUAGGGAUGUUGCAGUUGGUUAUGGUUCUGCUCCAGGUCAAGUGAAUUAUCCAGAACAUGCAAUCUAUGAAGCCUGUUCAGGCAAUAUUUACGUUGCAGAUGGGUACAACUAUCGAAUUCAAGUGAUCAAACCAACUGGAGCCAUACGUUGCUAUGGUCCUGGACAAAAGAGUAAGAAGCAAGGAGAAUUUGGCAGCAUUUACAAUUUGGCAAUUAGCAACUCCACUGGAGAACUUUUUGUCUCUGAUCCAGAAAACAAACGAGUUCAAAUUUUCAAAUAA